UAUGCUGCUAAUGACACAAAGCUUGUGCCAACUGAAUGAGACACAGCUCAACAAAAACUGUUAGGAGCUAGGACUCAGUGUGCUAAAAGACAUAGGAACCAGCAAUUUCCAGCUCAGUGAAAUAUAAGGAUCAGUAAAGUACUAUUUGUUCGGUCAUUCUGCAUCCAGUCGGAAGAGGAUAAAAGAAGACAAGCGCGUGGUUUAUAACCUGGUGAAUAUUUGUACAGUAGUGAGUAAUUUGGUUUUGCAUUAAUCCUUGGUGGAACAUUGAAGACUUCAUUCUGCUGGCUGCGGUUUUUGCAAAUCGAUUACGUGGUCUGAACCACCUACGUUAUUACCGCAGUGUCCGGUUCGUUUUGGCUGACAAAUUGUGUUAUCUCCAUUAGUACAACCAAUAAUCGCUGCGUACGAAAAGAGAAUGUACCGAAUAAUUCUAACGACCUUCAGUUUACUACUAGUACUGAGUCCUGGUGGAUUGACGUCCGAACUAACAGAUGAUGGAACAAUUAAAGACUUGUACAAAUAUUUACUACAACGAGAGUAUGCUGCCCCAGUAGCGUACGCAGAUCAUCAAAUUAAACGAAAAGCUGUUCGUUCACCCUCUCUGCGGUUGCGGUUUGGACGCCGUAGCGAUCCUUCCAUGCCAGUAAAACCAGAUGAUGAACUGCUUGAAUCAAGAUCAGUUCGCGCCCCAAAACUACGGUUACGCUUUGGUCGUAGUGAUCCAUGGUGGCCAUUGUUUAACGAAAAUGCGCUACUGGAAAACUAUUUCGAAAAGCGUGUUCCCUCUCAAAGGCUUCGAUGGGGUCGCUCAGGAGAAUUGUUCCCGGUAGAUGACGUUAUGAAACAAAAGACGAUUCGGGCACCUCAGUUGCGGCUUCGAUUUGGUAGGAGCGAUCCAUCCUGGAUGAUUUACAACGAGCACAUAGUUGAUGACAAGCAACUUGCGGACGCUACCCCAAAGCCUUUGCCGCAAUUUCGACUCGGGCAAGUUGACGAUCCAAUGGGUGAAACUAAUGAGCAAACGGACACCGAUGAAUCUGAAUCACGAAACAUGGACAACCAGUAACUAAGAACGGAGCAUGGACAACAUUUAAGCAGCAAGUGAUGUUUACGUUACCCUUCACAUGUAGCAUAAGUUGCAUUAUUUUGGCCCCCAAAGAAGUGUUUUGUAUGUCUACAAGUGUGCAAUCCACAAAUAGCUCUCCUAAAAAGGAGAACGUUUUCAUCGAACAAUCGAACUAAUGCGAAAAAUUAAAAACCAAUUUUUGGACUGCAAAAUCCAUGAUUAGUCUAUAAUUAAUCGUCGAAACCAACAGAGUAUAACCAAAGAUCAAAUUUAGCAACUAAUGGCAGCAAUUCAGAUGCAGACUAAGUACGAUGUUAAGAUCAUAAUAUAAAAAUGACACUAAUUGUAGAAGCAUUAUGCUUCACACCAUUCAAAUUCAAAAAAAUAAUAUGUAUAAUUUCCUGCACAACUCAUUCAAAUAAUGCACAUUUCUCGAUAAUUGUGACCGCAGUGAAUAUCAAUAUUUGUUCUGAUUAAAAUUUCCAAAAGUGAAACAUUUAGCCUCAAACUAUAAUUAGCAUCAGAAGAAGGCAGAAAAUUUAGCAAACGUAAACUCUUGAGUGCUAAUAAAAAAUCUAGGACAAGGAAAAUAGUUAUACUUAACAAAGGACAUUAUGUACAUGUGUAUAAAAAAGUAAAUACAUUCUAGAGGAGACAUGAAUAUUAAA